AUGGCUGUAAUCAAAACUUAUUACCGAUGGAAGGGGAAUCUUAGCAGUUGCCAGCAAUGGCUGGCAGGCGCUCGGGAGAACCUCCAGCGAAAUCACCUUUGGCAGAGGAUGCUGAAAACCACUAUUUGCACCACUGUUGCCCUUAUUAUUGGCCUCGUCCCAGCCGUUAUUGACGUGUUUGGGAAGUCGACAUAUCUGGGGGCUAUGGUGACAGUUUUCGGUCAUCCGGGGCGGCGUUUCGGCGAGAUGACUGAGAUCCUUAUACUCAUCCUGCUUGGAACAUCGGCGGGCAUGGGCUGGUCCUUUCUUGGACUAUACCUGUCUAGUCUGGUCAUGGAUAGUAACCCCAGCGCAGCAUAUGGUAUUCGAGCAGUCUUCUUCACGUUGUCUCUCAUCCUCCAUGGUGUUCUCCGUUCUUCAACACCAAGACUGUUUAUGUUUGUUUUCUUCCUCCUAUUAAUAUCCCUCACGGUUUUGACAACAACGGCAAAGUCGGUCACAGCUACCUUGGCUUCUCAAAUAGCAUAUCCAAUUCUGGCGGCCGUUGGGCUUGUGGUAUUUGUCAAUGUCACGAUAUUUCCCGAGUUCUCGGGCGGGUUUUUGGGAAACUCUACCAUCGAAACUCUCUGCGAUACGGUUCGUUGUCUGGAAGAUGCAGGGUCAUGGUUUAUGUCUGAUUCCAAUGUUACCACAACUAAUACGGACACUGAAAAGCCUCCCGUGGCAAGCCUGCGAAUGAAACUUGUAUCUCUAACUGACAGAAAACCCAAGCUACGAGCCAAGCUUGCCAGUUCCAAGAAGGCCCAGGCCGAGUGCAACUUUGAACUGUUCUACUCGGUUCUCCCUCCUAGGGCACUGAAGCCCAUCAGUAUGGGUUCUAUGGCACGCCUCGUCCAGAAUACCAUCUCCAUCAUAAACGCAUGCGAAAGCAACGAUUCGAGCGACUCGAGCAGUAACUCAAGUUCAAGUUCGAGUAGUGACUCCUCUGAUUCGGACUCUGAUUCUUCUCUGCAAGGCAAGCCGAAAAAGAUUCGUCGAAAGUCUAAGCACGCUCGUAAUCUAGAGCUCGUCAAGCCGGUCCGAGAAAUCGAAUCUGGAGACAUCAAGUUACUUGAACAUAUUCUGUCACAGGUUCGAAUACCAGCUAAGGCACUGCAGGAUGAGGUGCGCAAAGCUUUGCAGGUCAUAACAUGUGCGCUAGCAUACUGUUACGAUGUUCCAAAACUGCCCUCGGGAGUUCUGACACCAGAUGGCAUCCCUUUGGAAGAGAUCGAUAUUCGAGUUGAAGCUUUUCUUGCUGCACUGUCUGCAUUUGACAAUAACUCAGCUAAAGCUUUAGAGCAAUCUGCUGCCAUGGCCUAUGGCGACGACUCACAGGCCGAUAUUAUGCCCAGAAUGGAGACAUUUCUCAUCAGUUCAUUUUUGAUUACUCUUCGACAAGCGGCAUCCCAGAUUUCCGACAUGCUAAAAUGUUGCCGCGUCCUUGUUGAGACGAGGCAGGCUCGUCACGAACGUCGAAGAAUAUAUCUGCCAAGGAUUAGCUGGCGAAAAUGGUUAACCACUGGAGGCGAGCAGGACGGGCAUACUUUACCCGAAGACGCAAGAAAAGAGGCCAGAGCUGGCCACGGGCUAAGGGAAGAGCGAACCCGCGCAGAUGAUGAUGAUGAUGCAAGCGAAGAGCGACUUGUACGGCAGUACACAUAUGAAGAGUGUGGCAAAUCAUUACCCGAGAAAGGCCGAAUUCCGCGAAGGAAAGGGCCACCGAAAUCUGAUGGGGGUACAAUACUGUGGCUUCGCGGUCUGGCGGCCGACGCAGUUGAAUUUUUCGCCGACUCCGAUGAUCUCGCCUUCGCGUUAAAGAUGACUAUCGCCGGGUUCCUAGUCACAUGGCCGGCUUUCGUCCCUUCGUUAAACGCCUGGUACGGGUCGGCUCGAGGUUCUUGGGCUUCCCUGCAACUCAUUAUCGUCUUUGAAGUCUCCGUAGGGACGUCUUUCCAAGGCUUCUUCCUCCGAGCCUUUGGGGUGAUCACUGGCUGCGUCUGGGGGUUUCUGGCAUAUUUGAUCGGAGGAGGUAAUCGCAUUGUUGCCGUGGUCAUACUUUUCCUCGGAAUCAUUCCCUCUUCAUACGUACACUUGGGGACAAAAUAUGUUAAGACUGGCAUUAUUUCCAUUGUUAGCAUGUCUGUUGUUGCUCUAGCUAGUAUACUCCAGCCAGAUACCUACCCUUGGGAAGUUUUUGUGAAGCGGCUUGUUUGCUUCCUUAUAGGGGGCACUGUUGCUCUUCUGGUUGAAAUGACCCUAUUUCCCGUCCGGGCACGAGACCGGCUUGUUGAAUCCCUCGCAUCUGGGAUCCAGCAAAUAUCAAACAUGGAAGCAUCGGUUGCUGUCGGCAUUGACAGCCCCAAAACUUUCGACAUCAACUCAUAUAUUGUCCACACAAGUUUCAUUCACGCAAAGGAGAAAGCGGAGGCGGCCCUCGGAGCAGCGAGGACCUUUGCACCGUUUACGUUGACUGAGCCACGGCUCAAAGGCAGUUUUAAGGGGCAAGCCUUGAUAUAUAACGAAAUCAUCUACGUUCUUUUUCAGAUUAUCGAUCGAAUGGAUAACAUAAUGCAUAUGCGUAAGACGUAUGGGAGCAGUGUAUUAGAGGAACUCCACGAAGAGGUUCUCCCCUAUCGCCGGAAUGUAGCCGCCAGCAUAACGCUUACACUAUUCGCGGUCCAUGAAGCACUCACAACCAGGCUGCCACUUCCGCAGUUCCUUCCCUCGAGUCGAGUAGCCCAGCUUCGAUAUAUUGCCAGAUCCGCUCCUGGCAGCCGUGCCGCGAGCUUCAUGUCUACCAAAGACCUGCGGCGGGGCUCCGUACCUAUCCAGGCACACAUGCUCAAAUCUUUCACCAAACAAAAUCUCCUCUCGUGGAAUGCGGGCGCCGCGGGCAUGAUGGAAAUCAUCGAGUACCUCGAGGAGCUCGUUGACCUAGCUAAACUGCUCGUCGGCGUCAACGCGUUCCGUAGCGGCAUGCUCGAGAGACCCAAGCUCGACGAGUACGUCAAGAAGAUCAGGGCCCGAGAGCAGGAAGCAGCCAGCACUGCGGAGGCAGAACAGCAGCAAGGGGCCACGGCGGAGAAGAUGGAGAGAAAAGGCUGGGGCAGUAUGCGCAAGAGGAGGGGGUUUUCGCUUCGGAAGGCUAACUCGCACGGUGCGGCAGUCAGGCCGCGGCGCAAUAGUUUUGGGUUCAGGACUGGGGGCGGUGAUGCGGCGGUGGAUUCGGAUUCGGAUGAGAGUGCGAUGUUGAUGGAUGAUUUGCCUAUGAGUCUACAACGAGUUAGGACGAAGAGAAUGGAAGAGGAUUUCGAAAGGUUGAGGAGGGCUAACACGGCCAAUGUCAAGGGGAAAGCCGUGCUGCGGAAUGCGCAGACUUGGAAUGUGUAA